AUGGCGAUUAGGGCGGCGUGGGGGCAGCUGCGCUACUCGGUGCCCGAGGAGCUGCCCAAGUGGGACGCGGACUGGGGGCAGAACGCGCGCGUGCGCUACCGGCUGGCGGAGGGGCGCGUGCGGGGCGCGCCGCUGUCGUCCUACGUGUCGGUGCAGGCGGAGACGGGCGCGCUGUACGCGCUGCGCUCGUUCGACUACGAGGAGGUGCGCGAGGUGGAGAUGUGCGCGGCGAGAGAAGGGCGGUGGGGCCGGAGGCAGCGAGCGCUGCUGUGCUGCGUGUUGGUGGCAGCGUGGGAGGCGGCGUGGGGACAGCUGCGCUACUCGGUGCCCGAGGAGCUGCCCAAGGGCUCUUUCGUGGGCGACGUGGCCAAGGACCUGGCGCUGCAGCUGGCGGCGCUCCGCGAUCGCGGCGCCCGAGUGGUGUCGGCAGAUAGGACGCAAUAUUUUGCUCUGCAUGCGAACAGCGGCCACCUGGUGACGGCAGAGAGGCUAGAUAGAGAGCAGCUGUGCCGGCUGGUGGAGCGAUGUGUGCUGCGCUGUGAGGUGAUCGUGGAGGGUGAGAUGAAGGUCUACGGUAUCGAAGUGGAAAUCACGGAUAUUAACGACAAUGCCCCCAGCUUCCGAGAGUCCGAACCGGAACUGAGAAUAAGCGAGAUGACUGCUCCUGGGUCGCGCUUUCCCCUGGCCGAGGCUCGCGACCCGGACGUGGGAGUGAAUUCCCUGCAGAGCUACGAGCUGAGCGGCGACGAGCACUUCUCGCUGUCCGUGCAGGCGGGAGCCGACGGCGAGAAGCGUCCCGAGCUGGUGCUGGCCAAGGCGCUGGACCGGGAGGAGGCGGCGUUUCACGAGCUGGUGCUGAGGGCGAUCGACGGCGGCGAGCCGGCACGGACGGGCAUGGCGCGCAUCCGCGUGUCUGUGCUGGACGCCAACGACAACGCGCCCGUGUUCAGCCAGGCGGUGUACGCGGUGCGCGUGCCCGAGGACGUGCCUGUGAGCUCUACCCUGCUCACACUCACGGCCACUGACGCCGACGAGGGAAUCAACGCGAAUGUGAAAUACUCCGUUAAGAAAGCGACAGACCUAGCAUCGGAAAUUUUCUACCUGGAUCCCGAAACAGGGAUUGAUCAGGCUGGUGAGGAGCCUGGACUUCGAGGAAGGCGACUCCUAUGAUCUCCAAGUGAUGGCACGGGACGGCGGUGGCCUAUCCGACACGGCUACGGUCUCGAUCUCGGUGACCGACGUGAAUGACUACGCGCCCGAGAUUUCGGUGCGGUCGGCGCUGAGCGAGAUCUCGGAAGACGCGCCGGCCGGGACGGU